AUGACUAAACACACGCGCACCUCGCGCAGAUACCACAGGCACAGACACAUAUCAAUUAACAAUCUCCCUCCCCUUGGACAUCCUCUUCCUCUCCCGCGCCUCCCAGAUCGUUCUUAUCACUUUGCGUUUCACCCGCACGGGAGUCCGUAUCACUGGUAUCUCUGUGACCAUCAUGUUCCUCCUGCGCUUCUGAGCCCCAUUCGAGUACCAGAUCGUCGAGCUCCUUCGGACCGCGCAUCUCCUCUUCGUCUACGACCAUCUCUUCUCCCUCGUCAUCUGCGGCUUCAUUGAGAUUUCCUUGGAGAUCGUCUUCGUCGCCGCUUUCGUCCGCCCCUCCGCCGAAUUCUCGAUCCAUAUCAUCGGCGUUAUCUUCAUCGACCGCCAUUGGGAUCGCGUGACCGACUGCUGCCGGUAA